GUUUCACAUCCGGUGUUAGGCUGAAAGAAAUUAUUGGUCUCCUUAAGUGAAGCGGUUGCUUAUACGUUGUUAAGUACUGAAAAUGACCGAAUUAAAGAGAGAUCUGUUCACUGCAACCAUGAAAACCCCUGUGGCUAUUCUUGACUGCUCUGAAGCCUUUGGAAAAUUGACGAAGGAGGAAAAAUUGUAUGCCCACUAUUUGGCUCAAGCUGGCCAUUAUGGUAGUUUAGUAUGUCUUUAUCAGACGUCAUUAGAAUCUCCAGGUAUAUUUUUAUUGCUGCUGAAAAUAUUUCAAACUGAAAGUGUAAACAGCCUGGCCCAAAAAGUUCUUGAUAGCGGUUUGUCAGAAAUUGACUACGAGCAUUUUUUGGCAUACACAGCAUGCAUAUUCUGUAAUAUGGGAAAUUACAAGUCAUUUGGAGAUACAAAGAUUAUUCCGGCUAUUGGCUUUUCUGAAUUCGAGAAGAUUGUUAAACUAUCGAAGGCAUAUGAAAAAGAAACGUCCAUUACCAAUGAAAUAUGGUCAAAUGUAAAAGAUCAUAUUUGUAGUUUGACAGAUAAAAAUCAACAACUUGGUUUUGGCGAUCAAGGUAUUACGACGUACUAUUCGCAGAAUUGUGAUGCGAAAGAUGCAGAAAUUUUACAAGAAUUUCUUGAAACUAAAAAGAUUUCACCUUACAAUACAAGAGUAGUCAAAAAUAAGGAUGGCUCUUAUGAUAUUCGCAUUGCCAGUGUAAAUGAAAGUCAAUCUGAACUUAUGGAAUUUACUACAAAAUCUAAUCAGAAAAUUAAUAUUCGAAUUGUCCAAGGUGAUUAUUGUGAUAUUCUUAAAAAAACGUGCAAUUUUCUAGAAUUAGCUCGACAAACGAAUUUUGCAAACGAAAGAGAAAAGGUUAUGCUUCGUCAUUAUAUUAAUUCCUUUAAAACUGGUUCGAUUGAUGAGCAUAAAGAAGGAUCUAAAAUUUGGGUACUGAAUAAAAGUCCCAUUAUUGAAACGUAUAUUGGAUUUAUUGAAUCUUAUAGGGAUCCUUUCGGCGUGAGGGCAGAGUUUGAAGGCUUUGCCGCUAUUGUUAAUAAAGCACUAUCUGAGAAAUUUCAAAACCUUGUGGCGGCGGCUGAAAAGCAAUUUGUUCCACUUCUACCUUGGCCUAACACAUUUGAACGAGAAAAUUUUGUCACUCCGGAUUUUACAUCGUUGGACGUUUUGGCUUUUGGUUCAAGUGGAAUUCCCGCCGGCAUCAACAUACCAAACUAUGAAGACGUCAAACAGGAGCACGGCUUCAAAAAUGUUUCAUUGGGAAAUGUUCUCACCGCUGCAUAUUCUGAAUCGAACGUUCCCUUCUUAGGGCCAGAAGACAACACCCUCCUUUGUAAGUAUCGAAUUCCGGCAUUCGAAUUGCAAGUUGGCCUGCACGAAUUGUUGGGUCAUGGAAGCGGUCUACUGUUUAAAGAGAAUCCGGUAGGAAAAUUUAAUUUCGAUCGAGAUUCGACCAUAAAUCCUCUAACAGGAAAAUUGGUUGAUAAAUGGUAUAAAGGAAACGAAUCAUAUGAUUCAAAGUUCCAAGACAUAAGUAGUUCGUACGAAGAGUGCCGCGCUGAGUGUGUUGGAAUGUUUUUGUGCUUUAUUCCUGAAAUAUUAGAAAUUUUUGGAUUUAAGGGAGAGGAAGCUGGUAAUAUUAUAUAUGUUAACUGGCUUAACGAAUUACAUGCUGGUCUUAGAGGACUCGAAUUCUAUACACCAGCAAACAGGAAGUGGAGACAAGCCCAUAUGCAAGCCAGAUACGUCAUUCUUAGGCAUCUUAUGGAUUAUUGCGAAGAUUUGGUUAAAGUUGAAAUGUGCGAAAAUGAAGGGGUUUUUGAUCUCCAUUUAUCAUUAAAUCGUGAUCUUAUGAUGCAAAUUGGCAAAGAGGCGAUCGGACAAUUGUUACUUCAAUUGCAAAUUCAUAGAUCAACUGGUGACGUUGAAGAAGGAAGGAAGCUAUACGAAGGAUUGUCAAGAGUCGAAGGCAUGAAAUACGAUUUUCUCAAAUGGAGAGAAAUCGUACUUGCCAAAAAGAAGCCCAGACACCUGAUGCUUCAAUGUCACACUAGUAUUGACAAACAAGGAGAUGUAGAGUUGAAGUCAUACGAGAAAAAUUACGCAGGACGUUUAAAUUACUUUGAAGCUGAAAACAAGGAAAAAGUUACAAACAAAAUAGUCCUCUUUUUUAAAUAUCUAAUAAGUGGUUUAUUAGAAGUAAUAUUCAUUGAAAAUAGAAUGGCAUACGGCGGAUCAGAGAAGAUUGUUUGUCGUUUAGACGUCAAAGAUGAUAUGGAAAAGUUAUCGGAAAGUGAACAAUUGUAUGUUUAUAAAUUGAUGAAAAUCUGUGAUAUGGGAUCGUUAAUAAGCAUGUAUCAGAGUUCGAAUGCAUCCUUUCUCCUCUUUUGGAGAAUAAUUCAUAUGCUUGAAAAUAAUAGAAUGUUCGAUGUUCGAUCGGCUGCGUAUCGGGGUAUAGUCUCCAAUGAAGAAUAUGAAGAGUUUCUCGAUUUUGCAUCUUCCUUUAUGAGCAAUUACGGUACCUACGAUUACUUUGAACAAGCCAAUUUCUACUUGCCUUUCGAUUUGGCUUUUAGCGUCUUUGAGAAUAUUUACAGUAUGACCAUGAAUAUUUCACCUUCGGAUCUUUUAGCAUCAGAUCCAGCUUGGAAAAAUCUUACGGGAGCAUAUAUUGACCUAUUCUCCUGGACAACUGAAGAUAUGAAAAUUAUAUCGCCCGAUUGUACUCUAAAGGAUAUUAUGGAUGUUAAUGAAUUCCUGGAAGCGAAAGGAAAAACCAGCCUAAAUACUAGAAUGGAGAAACAUCUAACUAUUGAUAAUUGUUACGAUGUUCAUAUUGGUCAGACAGAAGAUGUCCCCUGUAGGCCUAUAGAAUAUCAGACGAGAACCGGAAAGAGAAUAAUUGUUAGACCCCUUUAUGAUUCAUAUUUUCAGAUACUGAAUGAGAUUGUUCACCAAUUGGAGGGGAUUCUCCUUAUGUCCAGUGCCCCAAAAGAUAUGAUUAAAGCAUAUCUGAAAUACUUUAAGAAAGGCAGCGCAAGCGAGCAUCAAAAGGCUCGGAAAUUGGCCUACGAAUCUAAGAUUAUCUUUUCAACCGGAUUUAUCGAAAGGCAUUGGGAUCGUACGAGAUCAAGGGGACUUUUUAGAACUUUUAUUGGCAUUCGCAGCGAUAGAUGGGGUACUAGAAUGGAUUCUCUAACAAAAAGAGUUGGGUAUCUAUCAAAUUUGAUACCAAAUUGUAAUAUUGAUUAUAAUCUUAAUCUAAAUGAAAAAGGAACCGAAAUUAUAUUCGUUAGAUUGCUCAGGUAUGGACCAGGAAUACCCUAUUACACCAUAGAGGAUGCUUAUCCAAAAGCCGAAGGAUUGAAGAAGAUUUUCUUCGAGAAUGUGAUAGAUCUUACCUAUAGACAUAUUGAAUUGUCUCGCGCUGUGUUUCGUUUUGAUGAGGACGAGGACGAUUUAUUCGAAAUAGGAAGUUUGUACUGUCAUAAGGUCGAUAUGGUCUUGAGAAGUGUUGUGGGCGAAUGGACCGCUGGAGAAAUUAUAGAGAGAAGAGGAAAAUUCUAUUUUAUCAGCGGAGAUAGAAGAAUUCAUUUACCAAGCGAGUUAGUCGAUGAAUGGUACGAACCACCCAACUCUUUCAGGAGGAAAUUCGGAGAUAAGGCGGUCCUUGUGGAGACUUUUCGGAGACAAUGUUUAUCAAUAUUUUUAACAACCGCCGACGAUAUUAUGGAUAUUUUUGAUAUUGGAGAAGACUACGAACUCGAAGAUAUUCAAUGGGUUAUGCUAAUGAAUGCCGUGUUAAACGGAGUUGAAGGCCUUACUUUAUACAUUGAUAAAGCUAAGGCCUGGUGUUAUAGCCACUGUUUGGCUAGAUUUCUUUUUCUGAGCUACGCUAUGUCCUUGGAAAAUAGCCCUUUUGACUUUGACACAGAUAAGACAAGUGGAGACUUGUACAUAAAAUGCGAUAGAAAGAAAAUGGCUCCGUUUAUUAAUACAAAUGUAAAGAAUAUUUUAGAAACUUUACACCGAUGCAGGUUAAACGGAGACUUUGAGGGUGCUAUGAAAUUGAUAGGUCCUUUAACGGAGGUUAGCAAGAACUUUCUUGAUAUUCAAAAGGCAGUAAGGAGUUUGGGUCGAAAGCAAGAGGUUAUAUAUCAAGAAACUCCUUACCUAAAGAAGAAAAAGGUGAAAUUCACACGCCACGAAAAUACUAGAGCAGGAGUUGUUGAAACUGUCUGCGAUAAUUAUUGGAAAAAUCAUGAAUAUAUUACAAAACAAGUUUUAUUCAGUUUUACCAAUCCUCCCUAA